AUGCACCUGGUAGUUGUCACCAACCCUCUGGGGGGUGACAUCGGGGACGCUGAUCAGCAUGAGCAUUAUGAACCACUGAGUGCACCAGGGAGGCAGCUUGGCCUCCUGUGUGGACACUUCAACUGGGAAGAGAAAGGAUCCCUCAAGGAAUCAAACACCAGGAGGAACUGGCACACAGGAACUGGCACCUGCACAGGGAGACAUCUAAGGCAAGCCACCCUUGCCAAGAAAGUCAGUCAGCAUUCUGAGGAAGUAAAUCGAGUUAGCCAGAGCAUGAAGGGAAAAAGCAAAAAUAGUCAUGACUUGCUUAAGGAUGAUCCACAUCUCAGUUCUGUUCCAGCUGUUGAAAGUGAAAAAGGUGAUACAACAGGAGAUUUAAAUGAUGAUGGAAAUGAAAAUGCUAAGCAUGGUGAAUAUAUUGAUGGUGAUGAAAAGAACCUGAUGAGAGAAAGAAUUGCGAAAAAGUUAAAAAAGUACACAAGUGCAAAUGUUAAAUCAGCUGGAGAGGGAGAUGGAGAGAAGAAAUCAGUCACUCGCAGGGAAGAGCUCAGAAAAGAAGCAAGGCAAUUAAAAUGGGAACUCUUAGCAGCAAAACAAAGAAGAAUAGAUAAUGCAGCAAAACAAGGAGAAAACAGAAAUGAAGAGAAAGAAGCAACUCCAGAUGGUGCUCUUGCAGAAUACAGACGAGAAAAGCAAAAGUAUGAAGCUUUGAGGAAGCAACAGACAAAGAAAGGAACUUCCCGGGAAGACCAGACUCUUGCGCUGCUGAACCAGUUUAAAUUUAAGCUCACUCAAGAAAUUGCUGAAACUCCUGAAAAUGACAUUUCCAAAACAGAAGUAGAAGAUGAUGAAGGAUGGAUGUCACACGUACUUCAGUUUGAGGAUAAAAGUAGAAAAGUGAAAGAUGCAAGCAUGCAAGACUCAGACACAUUUGAGAUCUAUGAUCCUCGGAAUCCAGUGAAUAAAAGAAGAAGGGAAUAAAGCAAAAAGCUGAUGAGAGAGAAAAAAGAAAGAAAAUAAAAUGAGAGUAAUGAUAAUCAGAACUUGCUAGAAAUGUGCCUGCAAUAAAUGGCCUUGUAACAGCCAUUGUUCCCACAGCAUCACUUAGAGGUGUGAAAAGAAGUAUUUUUGAACCUGUUGUCUGGUUUUAAAAAAGAAUUACCUUGCUUUGCAAAUUGUAAAGUGAUGUAAGCAAAUGCUUUUGGUUACUUGUACAUGCUUUUUUCCCUGAUUUACCUUUUAUAUUGCUAAAUCUAAAAUAAAAUCAUUUUC